GUCAUAUCUCAAGGGGAUCUGCCGACAACGAACGUGCACCGUAGUGUGCGUUUCGCAACGACCAACAACUCCCUACACAUUCUGAGCACCUACAUAUUAUUGCAUAACGUCAAUCAAUACCGUCAACAUGUCGAAGGUGAUGCGAAGUGUCAAGAAUGUGACCAAGGGUUACUCCAGCGUCCAGGUCAAGGUGCGCGAAGCGACAAGUAAUGACCCAUGGGGCCCCACGGGAACUCAGAUGAGCGAGAUUGCUCAGCUGACAUACAAUUCAUCAACCGAGUUUUAUGACAUCGUCGAUAUGAUCGACAAGCGCCUCAACGACAAGGGCAAAAACUGGCGACACGUCCUGAAGGCAUUGAAGGUUCUCGACUACUGUCUGCACGAAGGCUCCGAACUGGUCGUGACGUGGGCCCGCAAGAACGUCUACAUCAUCAAGACCCUGCGCGAGUUCCAAUACGUCGACGAGGAUGGCCGAGACGUCGGACAGAAUGUGCGCGUGGCCGCGAAAGAACUGAGUGCUCUGUUACUUGACGAGGAACGACUACGGACAGAGAGAAGCGAUCGCAAGACGUGGAAGUCCCGGGUCACCGGCAUCGAGGAAUUUGCACCCGAAGGCAGCGUCCCACCACCCUCCCAGAGACGUCCUCGCAGACAAAUGAGCGAUGAAGACGAUACUGAGUACAAGUUGGCGCUCGAGGCAAGCAGAUACCAAGAAGAGGAAGACAGAAGGAGACGGGAGGAGGGUCGCACCAGCACCAACGACAAUGACGAUGACUUGGCCAAGGCCAUCAAGCUCAGCAAAGAAGAGGAUGAGCGGAGAAAGCGGGAAUUGGAAGAGAGCAACGCUCAGUCUCUGUUCGACGAUGACCCUUUCCCGUCCACGAGCCAGCAGCCUCAGCCUACCGGGUUCAAUAUGGGAUACCAACAGGGCAAUAAUGUUGACUGGUUUGGUAAUCCCACACAGAACCCCGUGGCAACGCAGCCGACCGGAUACAAUUUCAACAAUGCGCCAAACCAACAGUAUACUGGCUUCCAGAACACAGGAUAUCAAAAUGGUUUCGGUGUACAGCAGACAGGCAUGUACGACCCCUACGGUCAGCAGCAACAGCAACAGCAACAGCAGCCCCAGCAGCCCCAGCAACAGCAAUUCAUGCCCCAGCCCACCGGCUUCAACAACCCUUACGCGCAACAAUCACAGUUCCAAGCGCAGCCCACAGCUUCGCCAUCUGAACCUGUCGCCCAGUCCGGCAGUAACAACCCCUUUGGCCGUGCUCAGAGCACGUCUCCAGCUCCUAUCAUGUCCAUGAAGACGGGCUCCAACAACCCCUUCGCCUCAGGUUUCGGACAGCCUCCACCGGCCCAACGAGCGCCUGCCAUGCCGAGCAUGCCCACCCUGAACCAACUUCAACCAAUCCCCGAGCCCAAGUCUCUUCAGACAUUCACACCGCCUCCUCAGCCCACCUUCCAGCAACCACAGCAGAUCGCACAGCCACAGAGAGAGCUUACGGAACACGAGGCCAAACUCAACCAGCUUCUCGCUGGAGGCGAAGGAUUGGAUACGUUUGGCAACACUGGCAACCUGCGUAUCCCGGCUCAACAUACCGCACCGGGUACCUUCGUGAACUCUGCUGGCUCAGGUCUCAAUAGACUAACGGCCGAGGCAACCGGAAACAACCCAUUCCUCCGGCAGCAAUUCACCGGUAUGCCUCAAGCCACCUAUCAACAACAACAAAUGCCGGCGGCUACUGGCCCGGCUAAUAUGGGCAUGAAUGGAUAUGGCGGCCAGCAGAGUGCCAAUCCGUUCGCAAGGCAGCAACAAACCAACCAGCAGCAGGGGCAGGAUCUGAUUCAGUUUUAAACCGCGAAAGCGUGACAUAUUUCUACUUUUUGUUGGCGAAUCAUUCACCGAUAGGCUAGGCUUUGGGUGGCUCCGCUUGCUUGUGGAUGAACGUUUGUGUU